GAGAAAGCUUUUUGUGCGGUCGUUGUGUUGCCUGGAGAAAUAGCCCAGUGAGAUUUGAACAGAAAGUGAGGUUUAUGUACGACUCGAAACUCCUUAGCUAAUUGUGCAUUAUAUUGUUUAUCAACCCCCAAAUACGGGGCGCAAUGGCUGAAUACAGCCAGGCGGGUAUUCUGACGGCUAUGCUGCUGUUCACGGUUGUCACUGUGCGGGAUAUUUAUGUUGGCAAAAAUAUGGCUCAGCAGCAACAGCAACAGGCCGCUGACAACCUGGACGCUGGGCCCGAAAGCCACCGGGACCUGGAUCCACAGAAGCUGGCCAAGCAUAAACUGUACACUGGUCCAGUUCUAAAAUUUCAGUAUUGCAUUUCCUGAGGGUACAGCAAGGUGUUCCAGGAGUACUCCCGAGCGAUCAGCCAGUUGUACCCGGACAUCCGUAUCGAGGGAGAAAACUACCCCCCCAAACCCCUCAGCAAGUACAUUGCAAAUUUUGUUUCCUACUUCAAACUGCUUGCCAUCGCUCUUAUUGUUAGUGGACAGAAUCCUUUCCCUUUUCUUGGAAUGGACACUCCAAGGAUAUGGUUUUGGAGCCAAGAUAAUAAGAUAUUUUCAUGCCUGAUGACCUUUUUCCUCAGCAAUAUGGUAGAAACUCAUUUUUUGUCCACAGGGGCUUUUGAAGUUGCACUGAACGAUGUACCGAUCUGGUCAAAGCUGCAGUCCGGACACGUACCCAACAUCCAAGAGCUUUUCCAAAUCCUCGAUAAUCACCUGAAGAUGAAUCAAGUCGACAAGAUCCCUUUCCAAACUCCGUAGCGCUGGCUUCCGAGAUGACAGAUUAGUCCUCGGAGCAGUUUCUCAGGUCCGCGGGACUGUCCGGUGGCGUAAUGAAGGCCUGCACUGAAAACAGCUCGCUGUGAGUCCAGGCUGGAUGUCCCUGCCACCGCGUUACACUGCCGCCGCCCUGAGAAACCCCUCCGCCCGCAGAGGAAGCCUCCGCACCAGCUGCUCGGCCGACGCCAAAACCAUCAUUCACUUCCCUGUCAGUGACGGGAAACAAACCUCCCAAUGUUCUCCAUUUUGGCUGCACUGAACUGAUUUCCUCCUCCUUCCAGAACAGCCCCUUUCUAUGAUCUUCUAACAUGUGACGUCUGUGACACUGUCGUUUGGUAACUGCUGCUGGUAUUCGUGGGCCUAUUCAGAAAAAAAAAAACGGGUGUAAUUAGUCUUCAUAUUCUCUUCAUAAACCUGUUCAUCUAGAUAUCUUAAUUCUUCUCUUAGGGGUACUGUAGGGAAGGGUUUGUGUCCUACUGGAGGUCAUGAGCCAAAUGUUUCCAAGUGCUUGAAUUGGUUGAAUGUGUAUUUUUUUGUUUGUUCGUAGUUGAAAUGUGGUUUGGGUGCUUCUAACGUAAACUGAUAAAGGCGUUUUCAGUUUUCAGGGGAAAAGGCCAGUGUGUUGUGUGAGGGAAAGUUGUGGAUGGCCAUUUUCUGCUGACUUCUGUGGUUGUGAUCUUGUUCUUCAGAACAUGCUGUCAACUGACAUGGUAACCCUUUAUAAUUCUCUCAUGAUCGUCAAUAAUCAUUAACUAUGCCAAAGGUACUAAAGUAGAGAUCAGCCACUUGGGAGCGCUUGCUGUAUUGAUGUCUGCUGGAAACCCAAAUGGUUCCUGGCAUUUGUUCAAUCUCAGGUCUUAAUGACUAGCUGGAGCGAUUGAUUGAUCGAAUGAGAACUUAAAUCACCUGUUGAUCCAGGUGCCAGCAUCUGGUUGUUAUAAUGCAACGCUAAAACUUUUAGCGCUGCGUGUUCAGGAACAGAAGUGGUGGCCUGUCUGAUUGUAUACCACAGCUCUGACUGCACAACUGCUGCGAAAGCUGAUUUUCUCGCUUGGCGCCACUCAAGUCGUGUGGUGAGAAGCCAUGCUGGAGUUAGCGCUUGAUUGCAAAGGCACAGAGGGAUGCACCGGAGCCAUACCCCUGAAACAGCCCCUGUUCUCCUAUGCUUGUACCCCACUCCCCAGUUCACUGCCAUGGCUGUGCAUUCUGCGCCAGCAGAAUACCUCUCAGCGUUACAUCUUUAUUUCUUUUUUUAUUCUUUACUUUUUAUCUUUUUAAAAGUCUUGUGCUUCCCUCUCUAGCUUUGCAAUAUCAGUAACUAACUUCACCAGUCAAGUCCUUUGAUAUCGGGUAGUAUGUUUCCUUGUAAUGUUUGUUUACUAUGAAUACAGUAAUGGUCAAAUAUAGGUAAGUACGUGAAGCCUCUACUCUAUAGCUCAUUUAAUAGGCAUUCUCAAGAAUUACACUUGACCUGAAGCACUUAACAUGUUAUCCUCAGUGAAGCUACAUUCAUAAACUGUGGCUAACUUGUUAGUCAGCAGAAUGAAUGGUGCUGCUUUGCAGUGCAUAGAAGGCCCCCUCUGACAGUGUAAUUGGAACAUAUCUCUACCACAACCUAUUUGCUGUUAUGUUAAAGAAGUUGACAUUUUGUCCAGACCUGACGUGCCCUUAUAACAUUUGGCCCAGACUGUGUUCUUAUACAUUUGUGUCAUCUCAGAGGUGAAAAGUGAUAUUUAACUACACACAACCCAAUGUGUGUAGAGUAUGACAUAAUGAAAUCUGAAAUGUGAAUCAUGAAUUUAACACCAUGCACAUUUUUUUCUGUUGUCAAGAGUGAUUCUAACUCCCAACAAUGCACUCCAAUGUAUCCAUGUAUCUUGAUUUCUUUACUCAGAACCAGAUGGUGUGGGAGAUAGGGAUUCAACUAGAAGAUUAAAGUCUAUGUGGAAAUCUU